AUGAAUAAUCAGAAUUAUGUUUUCUGUAGUAUCUAUUUUCCAUCAACGAACAGUAACUUGGCUGAUUUUAUCGACACUCUAACUUGCCUUAAUGCAGUGUGCACUCAAUUAAGUUACAGAGAAGAGCAAAUCAUUAUUGCAGGCGAUUUUAACGUACAUGUAUCGGAUCCACGUUCAGGUCAACGUGAAAAUAAUAGAGGAAAACUACUCCUUGAAAUGUUUGCUGAAUUUGACAUGUUUCCAGUUAACGUGGAUAUGCCCUGUAUGGGUCCGUUAUUCACGUAUUACUCAAGUUGUGGUAACAGUGUUGUUGAUUACAUUUUUGCGAGUAAAAACAUCGAAAGAAUUGUAAAGUGUGUUAAAGUUGGCGACGAACAUCCGUGCAAUUUAUCUUAUCAUCUGCCGUUGAUUGCUGGCAUUGAAAUUUCUGCUGGUAUAAACUGCCAUGAAUCAUCUAAUAAUUUAGAAAACGAGUAUGAACGAAUUGCGUGGAGAAAAUGUGCUUUGGAACAAGUACUAGAAUAUCCAAGAAGAUUAAAUGAUACAAUCACAACAAUGGAUGAUACCUUAUAUACCAGUGAUGACGUUGAGAACUAUUAUCGUUUGAUCUGUCGCAGCAUAAAAAGCAGCGACAAAUGUCUACCUCGUGCGAAGUAUAAGAAGUCCAUCAAGCCCUACUGGAAUAAUGAACUCAAGCGAUUAAAGACAGCUUGCAUGGAGCUUCAUAAGAAAUGGACCUCAGAAGGACGUCCAAGAGGAGAACAGUAUGAAAGUUUUCGGUUAUACAAAGAUGCAAAGCGUCUGUUCAGGAAGGAACAACGUAAAAUGGUACGAAAAACAGAGGAGAAUGAUUUCAAAGAGCUUAGUGAGGCUUCCGAGAUCGAUCACAUCAGGUUUUGGAAAUAUGUAAACCGACGUAGAAAGAAGAAAAGAUCAACUAAUGUGCUCACAACGAAUGAUGGAAGAACUAUCUCAAACCCAGAAGAAAUAGCAGAUGUGUGGGCUAAUUACUAUGAAAAACUUUUAAUUCCUGAGGAAAAUAUAAAUUUUGAUGAUGACUUCAGGGAGUAUAUCGAUAUCGAGGUUAGUGACAUAACAAAAAACUCCUUAGCUGAAUUUGAUGAUAUCUUUCAGGAUCCCAUAACUUUAAAAGAGAUCGAGGAUGUGCUAACAGAAUUACCAAAUAAUAAAGCUCCCGGUGAUGAUGGCAUAAC